AUGGGAAAUGACGCUGAAUUUUUAGACCAACCUCCACCGCGAUUUCAAGAAGAUAAACAUGUUACAGAUUUUUCAAACGUACCCUUAAAUACAAAAAUAAAUAAUAAUAAUAACGUUGGAAUAAAUUCGAUUCAAACACCAAUUGAAACAUUACAUAAUCGUAAUGUUAAAAUCGAACUAAGCGAUGAUAACUGUCAUCAACGACAUCAAAAAUUGUCUCCAACUCAUCGAAAAUGUUCACCGGUACCAUUAUCGAUUAUAUUAGGAGAUAGAAUCUUUGCUAUUGGACUAUUCAUUCUUAUUAUUAUACUCGUAUCCUAUUUGUUAUUUCAUGGAAAAUCAAUUGAUAAUAAACUGAAUACAUUAACAUUAUCAAAGAACAAUCAACAGGAUUUAAAAAAUUUAAUUGAUCAAUUUAACAAUACAUUGAAAUCGUUCGAAUUAUUAUUACGACAAACGUCCAUAUCGAAAUCGAAAACUGGUGCUGUAAAUUUCAAUAUACAAUUAACAGGUCCAGAAUUAAUCGAUUUUUAUAAUAAUAAUCGAACGAUCUUGAAUGACAUAAUGAAUAGAAUAAAAAAUUAUUCAUAUAUAUGA